AUAAAGGUCGUGCGAUCUUACGUCAAAGUGCGUCAUUACGCACUGUUACGUCGUCGUCUUUAUCUCAGCUUCUUUUUCGGAGGAAAACAAAGCCAGUUAACAUUGGAAGUCGGUAAAUUUGCAUCGGAUAUCAGGGCCGCCGUUCGAAUUGUAACAAUAAACGUCAUCACCAGAGCCAUAUCUAGCGCAGUGGCAAGUUUGAAGAUCAAACAGCUCUCCUAAUGAUACACCAGCAUUAAGACUACUUCAAGUAAGUAUUUACGUUUAAUUUUUAGUCUGUUAUAUAUUUAUCUGUACUUCAUUACAAAAUAAAUGUCCUGUCAAAAGUUCUGUUCAUUUAUCUAAAAAAAUAAGAGCCUCAAAAAAAUAUUCACAACGAUACUAAUAAUUUGUACACAGUACAGUUUUUCAAAAUUGAGCACUUGUCCAUCAUAACCAACUGUUUACAAAUGUCUCUUUUUCUUCAGUACUUCUUAAGGAUGGCUAGUUGUGGAGAGGUCGACCACUCUGUUGGCUCCCUUCCAUCCAGUAAGAAAGGCAGUAAUAGUGGCGGUGGAAGUGGGAACAGUGCAGAAUCGUCAUGCUCAGGCUCCAGCAAUUCAUCCCCAGCCCUGUCUGUACCAGAGUGUGCCAUCUGUCUGCAGAGCUGUGUCCACCCAGUCCAACUGCCAUGCCAUCACGUCUUCUGUUUCCUGUGUGUGAAGGGAGCCUCCUGGCAGAGCAAACGCUGUGCUCUAUGCAGACAGGAAGUACCUGAUGACUUCCUGGAAAGGCCUACGCUUCUCUCUCCGGAGGAGCUGAAAGCAUCGGCGGGAGGUCGGGGCGGGGCGACAAGUGAUCAUGCUUGGUAUUACGAGGGCCGUAAUGGUUGGUGGCAAUACGAUGAGCGAACCAGCCGCGAGCUAGAGGACGCUUUCUCCAAGGGCAAGAAGACAGCUGAAAUGCUGAUUGCUGGUUUUUUGUAUGUAGCUGACUUGGAGAACAUGGUGCAGUAUAGGCGCAAUGAGCAUGGUCGUAGACGCAAGAUGAAGAGGGACAUUUUGGAUAUUCCUAAAAAGGGAGUGGCAGGACUGCGAUUGGACACUGAGGGAGUUACCGGGGCCAUGGGGGCAGCAAGCCGAGAAAACUCUGCUGAUGGGGCUGAUACCACAGUAGCAGGUGUACAGCAACAGGUUACAGGUAUCUCCUCUACGGUUACAGCCCCUUCAGCUAGUGCUAGGCCUCCCAUUUCCCUCGGAGGUCAGCCUGGCCCCAGCACUAGCCCCUCUCUGGAGGAUGCCCUCUCUCAGUUGCAAAUCAGCCCCAGGCCUACACCUUCUAAUGAGCGGUCUGAGGCAGGAGAAGGCGAGGAAGAAGAUGAGGAGGAGGAGGCCUCACCCUCCAGGUCCUCUGACCCUCACACCUCUGUGGAUGAGUCUGGCUCUGGUGACUGGAGUGAUGAUGAGGAGGAAGAGGAUGAAGAAGAGGAAGGGGGAGAUGGAGAGCGCGUUGAGCCCUGGGAGGACAGGCCACGCAGACAGAGACUGAAUCCAGAGAACAGAGCCCCUCCUCGUGCAGAGUCUGCCUCUCCCCCUUCCUCAUCCAGUAGCAGCGGAAGGUCCAGAAUGCCUGAUGGCCAGUGUACAGUGACUGAAGUGUGAAGUAAUCAUUAAUACCAUCAUCACCAAAUGGCCAUGUUCCAUUCCAUUAAUUUAUUCCUCACUUUAUGCUGUUCACUCAGUCGCAGAUCGGAUGUGGGUGGAUUGCUUAGUUCAGGAGAAAUGAGGCACCACACAUUCAGUAACAAACAUAGCCAUUUUCCUCCGUUUUUGGUACCUCUUCCUUUGGUUCACAGUGAUCUGAAUGUAUCUGUAUGAUCUAUUUGUAAGCUUCAUCCUAGAUAUAGCCAGUCAGCAGAAGUUUACUUUGAUUUUAUAGUACUGGGAGAGCAGGAACAGCUUGGUAAACAGUCAAAUGGAUACCCAAUGCUGUUGUAAACCAUUAAACUCAGAAUUUUCUAUCCAGCAUGUCAGAGAGAUGUAACAGAGAUAUUGUGAUGUUGAGCUGUCAUCACUCAACACUUGUAGUUGCAGGUGUACUGAGUCUGUUCUUUCAAAUUCCAGAAAAGUAGAAGUUAAGGUAAGCAUGACUUGCCAACCUGCUUCUGCCAGACCGAGCUAUUCUUCUGUUUACUUUUCCUACCUAAUACGGCUUAUGGAAGUCCCAGUCAGAUUUGUGACGUGCAGUGAAAUAAGGCAUAAUGAGGAUGUUACUCCUGGAAAUGGAACUGAGUCAUUAUUAUGAACGGCUGCAUUCUAACCAUCUACAAUUUAACUCUCUCAGCUAACAUAGCGCACAGAAAUGCCCUUGUUAGAGCUCAAAUCAUAUGACUGCUCUUGCAAAGCACUUAAUCCUUGAUAACAUGUUCCCAACCUCCACACUGCCUAUAUGAUUUCUUUCAGAUCUAUCUGAAGCCUUUCCUUCCAAAUUCUCAAAUGUAACUGUUAACUUUUAGGAACUGUGUGAUUUCAGAGCUGAUUGUGGCGUAAAGAAAAUCUUCAAAUUGUUUGUCCAGGUGAUGAAAGUAAAUGGAGAAGUACAUCAGUACUUAAGUUAUGUGGGUAUUUAAAGUUCACACUUAAUAAGAAUAGAAAUUUAAUUCAGGAGCCCACAGGAUAUCUGGCGGCCUGAGUGGGUUUUUGUCUUUGAUUUGAUUUCAAGUAACCUGCAGUUUUCUAAAACUAAAUUCUGUACGAAUCUUGUUUUAAAUCAACGUGCAUAGUAGAAGUACAUAUCAGAUGUAUCCUCACUUUUCCCAGCUUUAAAGAAUUGGCAUUUUAAUGCAAAAUAUCAAUGUUCUGAUUUUAAAGCUGUUGAGGCCUCGAUAGCCUCAUUAAUAAUCUUAUUGUCCCUGACUGAAGUAUUUUCAAUUGGUGUUUAUCUAAAGUUUAGUGAUUUGUGCGUGUUUGAAGAGAGAGUUAUUUAAACACUACUGGUUGGCAGGAUGUUGACAAUUGAUGUUUUUUGGAUUCAGUUCGAGUCAAUGUUUUUAUUUUGUGUUUGUGCAUUUCUUAUGGUUGUAAAAUCUCUUAUGUAUGAUGUCUGAGGGAGUAAGAGAACAAGAACAUGCCAUUGCUAUUGGCCACCCUGCAGAAAUUUCAGGUUAUGUUAUUUUUAUAUUUCUUACAUGCUUACAUCAUCGGCUCAGUUUUAGACUUUCCUGAAGUUUGUGUAACCGUUUUUUGCUUGGAAGCUUUUUUUUGUUAUAUGGUUUGUAAUUUAAGAAUAAACUGUGUCAUUUCAUCAUCCUAAAGGGAUA